AUGCAUCUCACGCAUUUAGCCGGCGACCCAUCAGCUAACCGCACACCGCGGCCGCGCGCUCAGCCGAGUGAAGAGCCGAGCUACCUCGGUCGCUUUCUGAUCAACCCAGCUGUCUGGCUCAAAAGCGGCGCGGGGUUGCUGGCGCAGUUCGGCGGAGGCGGCGGCUCGGAGCCGCUGCUGGGCGAGGGUGGACGACCUGUUCGUCUGCCCGCCAGUCUCGUGGACGAGUCGAAGGCCAAGUUUAGUCUAAAUCAAUUCGACGUGGUUGUAAGCGACUUGAUCAGCGUGAAUCGAAGUCUUCCCGACGUUCGUCAUUCAUCAUGUCGAAACGAUCACGCACAGGCAGUAGCUGAUCAAUCGGGCCUAAACACGAGUGUAAUUAUAGUCUUUCACAACGAAGCCUGGUCCACUCUCCUCCGAACUGUCCACUCCGUUCUCAAUCGGUCGCCGACAAAGUUACUGCAGGAAGUCAUCCUUGUCGACGACGCCAGCGAUCGUGACUACUUGGGGGCAGACUUGGACGCGUACGUGAGGCGCCUGGGCCCACGUGUCAGGCUGAUACGUCUGAGCGAGCGUUCGGGGCUGAUCCGAGCUCGUCUGGCCGGAGCGGCGGCAGCCAGGGGGAGCACACUGACCUUCCUGGAUGCGCACUGCGAGGUGACCGUCGGCUGGCUGCAGCCCCUCAUCGCGCAUGUGCACCUCAACCCGUUCGCCGUCGUCUGUCCCGCCAUCGAUGUCAUCUCCGAGACUACUUUCGAGUACCUCCAAAGUACUGAGAAAACUUGGGGUGUUUUCGGGUGGGACCUCCUGUUUGACUGGGAUGUCGUCUCACCUCGAGAGGAGCUGCGGCGUCAGAACGAACCUUCAAUGCCCAUUCGGACGCCAGCCAUGGCCGGAGGUCUUUUCCUCAUCAGGCGCGACUACUUUUAUGGUCUAGGUGCCUACGACGACGGCAUGGAGGUUUGGGGCGGCGAAAACGUGGAGAUGUCUCUUCGAGUGUGGCAGUGUGGCGGUGAAUUGCUGAUCAUACCCUGCAGCAGGGUGGGCCACGUGUUCCGCAAGGUCUCGCCUUACUCCUGGCCCGGGGGUGUCACUCACGUCCUCCACCGAAACCGUGUUCGCACCGCUCGUGUUUGGCUUGACGAGUACAUCGAACUCCCGUUUGCGCUUGACCCAAGUUUGCGGUCGUUCCAGUACGGCGACAUUGCCGAAAGACUGGCCCUCCGAAGGCGCCUGAAAUGCAAAAGCUUUUCCUGGUACCUCACCAACAUCUUCCCGGAAUCCAACAUUAGGCUGCACAUAAAGAGGCUCGGUCGGAUAAGGAACCCAAUUCAUGAGGUGUGUUUUGACACGGGAGGCGCGCGAAGGGGCCACGCAAUCGGAGCAGCGGCUUGCCACGGAGAAGGCAGUGGUGGUGCCCAGCAGACCUUCUCGUUUUCCGCGCUGGGCGAGUUGACCGCACCAGCUGGCUGCCUGGGCGCCCGACUCCUGCGAGACGGCCUCACUCUGGGCCAAUGCGUCGGUGGAGCCAGCGACUUCCAGAAGUUUGCCUACGACGAACAGACAAAGCAUAUCAUCCAUAUUCGAUCAAAACUUUGUGUUCGUGUUGACACCACACGCCAGAAUCUACCCCUCUUCAUCGAUAAUUGCGCCAACAACGACGAAUUCUCAUGGGAAUUGCCACCCCCUUUUCUCAACCGGACUUUUCAACACCGCUAA